UGGACGAGGAAACGAGGGCGGAGGGAAAGGAGCGACAAAAGAAGGCAUUGCAGAGCUUUGCGAAAGAAUUCGGACGGGGUGUACGACAGCAACGAACGAGGGGGAAGACCGGAAAGAGCUGGUACACUUCCACUUGCUCUGAGUAUGUUCAGAAGGAAUGCGUCGACACAUGGAGAAGUCGAUCUGCUGAAAGAGGUUCAAGGGAGUGAAGGACAAAUUACAGUUCAAGACGCAGCCGAAGAAUAUGAGAUUAUCUAUUCAAAAGGCGACGUAGUUGCUCUCAAGCACAAUUGCAAGAGGUAUAUAAUUCCUUUCUUCCUUGCAGUUCUUUUAAAAGAUCUCAACCAUAACGAUGACACAUUCCAGAAAGAUCACAUGGGUUUGAGUUGUUGAACAGUCAGAAGAAGAUCCCCUUGUAUACCAGACGGGCACCGUGACGAUAGAAAUUCACCUGAGUGUAUAUCAUCGGGAAAGUUCAAAUAAUGAAAGAUGGAAACAAUUUCUGUUUGAGCUGCCUUGAAGAGCAACACCUAGUUGCAUUGCUCCAGGGGUCAGUUGAAUCAGGUCAGGUUGUGACGAAGAGGAAGGGGAGUAAGCUCAGGCGGACAACGUUUCAGAGCCAAUUAGAUUUGAAGCUGGAAGGAGUAGGUCUGGAAGACCUACAACCAGAUAUGUCCUCUGACAAUCUACAAUGGUUAUUAAGCCAGGAAAAGCCAUUAAUGGGCUUGACACAGAAAAGUUGUUAAACUGUAGAACUGCCUGUGGCUUGCAUCAUUUAAUUUUUCUACUUCAUGUAAAGGAGGUAUUUUGCUAUAGUGGUAAUUGAUCGUGAUCCUCACUGUAACACACACAGAGUGAAAGAGAAAAAUCACAUAAGACUACACUCGAACAACAUCAACAGGGAUAGCAGAAUAGAAAGUCCAGAAUCUUGGUUGCCCUUAAUCAAGAAACACAGCGACAGGAGAUCCUUACGACGGCGGACCAGUGAGGCAAAAGCUCAUACAAACAACGAA